AUGUCUGCCUACCGUGCCUCGUCAUUCCCCAGCCGAAGAAGUGUUGUCCACAGUCUUCAUGGAAUCGUCGCUUGCACACAGCCACUGGCUACUGCUGCCGGACAGAAAAUAUUACGAAAUGGUGGAAAUGCUGCGGACGCCGCGGUUGCUGCAGCCGCUGCUUUGAAUGUCACAGAACCGGGGUCUACUGGAAUCGGGGGUGAUAUGUUCUGUCUGUACUAUGAUGCGGAGUCGCGUCAAGUCCAUGCUAUGAAUGGGUCCGGUAGGUCACCCGGUAGUAUCACGUUGGAUGCAGUACGUCGCAAAUUAGGGGUUCUACCAGAUACAGUAGACGGAACAAUCCCAAUUACGGAUUCCUGCGCAGUCACUGUCCCCGGAGCAGCUGCUGGAUGGGUUGAUACAGUCGAAAGAUUUGGCAGUGGUAGGCUGUCCAUGGCAGAGAUUCUGCAGCCGGCGAUUGAACUGGCGGAAGAAGGAUAUCCUGUGUCUGAAAUUUCUUCUUGGAUGUGGCAAACAAGCGAGACCAAAAUACUCACAGGAAACAGCCUGUCUGCAGCUCGAGACUAUCUCAUACCUGAGAAGGAUGGCUUUCGCGCCCCACGGACGGGCGAAAUAAUUAAAAGCCCACACCUAGCAGAAACAUUCAGACUUCUCGCAAAAGACGGUAAACGUGGCUUCUAUCAAGGACGCAUUGCAGAUUCGAUUGUGGAGGCCGUUCAAUCUCGAGGCGGUUUUCUUAGUCACGAGGACUUGAGACAUCAUCUAGAGACUGGGUCUCAAGACGUGGAAGCAUUGUCUCUCACAAUAAAUACUCAACUUUUACAGCAGCCAAGCUCUGGUAUCUUGCCAGAAGAAAUUCGUCUAUGGGAACACCCGCCAAAUGGUCAAGGAAUCGUUGCUCUGAUGGCAUUGGGGAUUCUGCAGAGCCUUAGACGCACUGGACAACUGGAGCCAUUUAAUUCGGUUUCAGACCACAACAGUGUCCGGUAUCUACAUGCAUUGAUCGAAAGCUUCCGUAUCGCCUUUGCUGAUGCGAAAUGGUGGGUCACCGAUCCCGACCAUACUGCGGUCCCAGCAGAGCUUUUGUCAGAUGCAUACCUUUCAUCAAGAGCAGAUCUCUUCUCAGACAACAAAAGAGCAUCCAAUCUCAAACCUUUACGACUGAGCCCAGCGUACAAUUCUUGUGAUACUGCAUAUUUCGCAGUGACUGACCGAUAUGGAAAUGGCAUCUCAUUCAUCAACAGUCUUUACGGAAACUUUGGGAGUUGUAUAAUACCAGAGAACACUGGAUUUAUUCUACAAGGCAGAGGCGCCAGUUUUUCACUCAAUCCCGAUCAUCCAAAUGCUGUAGCGCCCAGGAAAAGACCAUACCACACUAUCAUUCCGGCAUUAACUACUACAUCAGGCGAAAACGGUGAGCACUUAUUGCACUCGGUAUAUGGAGUAAUGGGCGGGUUUAUGCAGCCGCAAGGCCAUGUCCAGGUAUUGCUCAACCAAUUGCUAUUUCAAAUGACUCCCCAAUCUGCGCUCGACGCGCCUAGAAUCUGCGUCGGCAGUUCAUUGCCGCCGCAGCCAGGCGAAACACAGCUAGACGACUUUGAUCCAUCAGAUACGGUAUCUUUGGAGGAGGGAAUUCCAACUCAUGUGGUAGAAGCUGCCAAAAUGAGCAAUCCCAAAGUGGCCGAGAAUAUGUUGUGGGGAGGUCGUUUCACUGAGGGACUCGAUCCACUUAUGGUCAAAUACAAUGAAUCGCUGCCCUAUGACCGCAUUUUCUGGAAACAAGACAUUGCCGGUUCCCUCGCCUUUGCGCGCGCCAACGCCCGCGGCGGCAUUCUGACCCAGCACGAACUGUCGGAAAUCGAGCGCGGCUUCCAGCAGAUUACUCAAGAAUGGAGCACCGACUCGUUCGCCGCCAAGCCAGAUGACGAGGAUAUUCACACUGCGAAUGAGCGCCGACUGGGUGAGAUCAUUGGCAAAGACAUUGGUGGAAAACUGCACACGGGCCGUUCGCGAAACGAGCAGAUUGCUACGGAUAUGCGACUGUGGUUGCGAGACGAGCUGCGCACGCUGGAUGGCUUCUUGUCAGAUCUCAUCAAAGUCUCGAUAGCUCGUGCAGAGCAGGACAUUGAGUACCUGAUGCCCGGAUACACACACUUGCAAAAGGCCCAGCCCGUCCGAUGGUCUCACUGGCUGCUAUCGCAUGCCGUCGCCUUUGCGUCAGAACUGGAGCGAUUGCGAGAAGUCAUCAACCGAGUCAACAAGUGUCCUCUUGGAACCGGUGCGCUUGCUGGAAACCCUUUUCACAUUGACCGCGAAGGCAUGGCCAAGGAGCUAGGCUUUGACGGUCUCACGACCAACUCCAUGAACACUGUCGCCGACCGUGACUUUGCCAUGGAAACAAUGCAAUGGGGCAGUUCGUUCAUGCUGAAGAUCUCUCGAUGGGCCGAGGACCUCAUCAUCUACAGCAGUCUCGAGUUCGGCUUUAUCCGGUUAGCCGACGCCUACUCCACGGGCUCAUCGCUCAUGCCGCAGAAGAAGAAUGCAGACAGUCUCGAGCUUCUUCGUGGCAAGGCCGGACGUGCCUUUGGUCAAAUGGCCGGUCUCAUGAUGACUAUCAAGGGACUCCCGACGACGUACAACAAGGACCUUCAAGAGAGUGUUGAGCCGCUUCUCGAUCACACCAAGACCGUCGGUGACAGCAUCCAGAUCGCCACCGGUGUUCUCUCCACAUUGACUGUGAAUCCCGAGAAGAUGAAGGCUGCUCUGGCUCCUGAAAUGCUCGCCACCGAGUUUGCUGACUAUCUUGUGCGCAAGGGCGUUCCGUUCCGAGAGGGUCACCAUAUUUCCGGCCGUGUUGUUGCUUUGGCAGAGAACACCAAUGUCCCCAUGGACACGCUCUCGCUUGAGCAGCUGCAGGCAAUCGACAGCCGAUUCGGAUCCGAUGUGCAGGAAUGUCUCGACUAUGAACGCGCUGUUGAGCUGAAGGAUGCAAUUGGUGGCACCAGCAAGCGAGCAGUCCGCGAGCAGAUUGAGACAUUGAAGGCUAUUCUUUCGGCCUAA